AUGAAGGCCAUCAAGGGCUCUCUCUUGACUUGGUCAGUGAUUGUUACCCAGGACUUCGAACCUCACUUCAGAGCGUGUGCUGAACUUCACACCACACUCCUCCGCUUGCGCUUAUCAGUGACCCAGCUGUCAAGCAGCUUAUCCUUGCUAUCAACGAAAGGUGCGCUCGGAGCGGUCACACAGCACGAGGCGCAGGACAGCUGACGAAACCUUUGCGCUUGUUACGACAGGGUGCGCUUUGUCAUACAGGUGCGAGCAAUGCUCUCGCUGAGCCACAUCGACUCGCGACUGAUCUGCGCCAUCUGCUUUUGCAGGAUUUGGACGAGACGCAUCUGCUCAUAUCCACCGACAAGGUGGAGUGGAUGAGGAUAGAGCUGGAUAGCGAGGUGGGUAUCUGGCGAUGAGCGGAACAGUCGAUGCACAUGUGCGCGCGUACUAAAGUUGAAGUCUUGCUGAUCACAAUGUUCAGCUGGAGAAGAACACGUGGUCAAUCGACGCAUAG